CCGGUCGUUUCAUAGCUUGCUUUCACUUCUAGGCGCGAAGUUUUGCCGCCUGCCCGUGAACUUUCGACGAUUUUCAAUUGCAGUGAAUGGCGCUCAAUUCGUCCUACUGUCACGAUUGGCCGGACAACGUCAAUAACUGCAACAUCGUGCGCAUAGCGAGACUGUGCGCCGCGUCGCUGUCUCUUCUUGGAUGCGUUUUCGUGAUAUUUAUUAUCGUUCUGUUCAAGAAAUAUCGCUUCUUUUCGCAGCGUCUUGUGCUUUGGUUGAGUGUGGCGGCAUUGAUGGAUACCAUUGCGUACAUCAUCGGUGAACCUCAUCAGGUCAAAAACGGAGCUUGCAUUUUCGAAGGAUUUUGGAUGAUGCUUUUCGACUGGAGUGUGCUGCUGUGGGUGUCCUGCAUUACAUUCAAUUUGUUUUGGAAUGUUGUCAAGCGUCAUCAGACAAACAAGCUGGAAGGUGUGUAUCAUGUGAUAUCAUGGGGAAUUGCAUUUGUUAUUGCAUGCCUUCCACUUUCUGAUGGGAUUGUGUAUGGACCAGCUGGACUAUGGUGUUGGAUCCACUAUGGAGAGAAUGCCUGGCGCUUCGGAAUCUGGUAUAUCCCGCUAUUCAUCCUGAUCGGCAUCAUGAUCAUCACAUACACCUACGUCAUCUUCGUCAUCAACAAACGAACGACUACGUGGGGAGGAACAAUGGGUGCACACACAGUGGAGGAAGAAAGGUCAAUGGUUCAACUCAAACAGGAUGUAAAACAACUGCGGCUCUACCCUCUUGCCUACUUUGUUGCCAACUUGUUUCCAUUAGUCAACAGAAUCCAGAAUGCAGCCAGUUCGGGCACUCACGACAAUCCCAUCUUUACUCUGGCACUUCUACACGCACUAACAGCACCUCUGCAGGGACUACUGAAUGCCGUUGCGUAUGCAUUCGAUAAAGAGACACGCAGCAAAUUGACAUGGAUGCACAUCAAGUCUGCAGUGAUGCAGUUGUGCAAGCAAUCGGUUGUCAAGGAGUAUCCACUGUUGGACGAAAGAGAAGGUCUUGUCAGACACGACGACUCGGAUGGUUGACACGAUUCAUCAAACAAAUGUCUCUCGUAAGAGACACGGCUUACAUAUCAGCUGCUCUAUUGCUAAACUUAAAGUACAUGUACAAACACAUAGACUGACAUUGUCUUGUAGCUCUUGUGAUGUCAACAAGUGUAUUAUUGUAUAAACGCUAAUUAUACAAGACGAAAAACCUCCACGCUCUAGACUCUUAAUUUAA